AUGUGCAUAUUAAGUGUAUGUUAGUAAUAAACCUAAUUAACUAAUUUAUUACAUUUAUCAAUUAUCACUAUAUUAGAUUUUGCAGGAAGAUAACAAAGAUAUAGAUGAUUUUAUUAAGAAUAUUCGAGGAAUGUCCGUUUCAGAGACUGGCUAUACUGGUCCUUUUGAUAAAUUUACAAACUUUGACGAACUCUACUCUUGGUUAAAACCAAUUGCUCUAGAAACUCAAUACAGUGUUUACCCUGGAUCAUUAUGUUUAAUGUCAUUUACUGAAUUUACAUUAUGGAUUUUGUAUAUAGAUACAUUUUCUAUAAGUCAAAACCAAGUAAGUUAUUAAGUAACUCUUUAUACUGUAGGGGUGGAGUGGUAACCAAAUUUAGUCUGAGGGAUUAAAAUUUAUCUAAGUCACCCAAUAAAAUAUGUACCAAUCAAAAGCAAUUUUUCUCACAUUUUGAUUAUAACCUGCAGUUGUGAAGCGAGUAUUUUGAAUUGAUGGUCGCUAAAUACGUUUUUACUUUAUAUACGGGCAAAGAGAAUUGGGGCGAGUUUAGACCCACCCAAGAAAUUAAGAAAAGAGAUUUAAUAUAAAUACACAUUUUAAUGUAAUAAUUGAAAUGAUUAUCAACAUAUUAAGAAAAACUUAAUAGAAGUAAUUAAAAUAUUAUGUAUACAUAUCAGGUCAGCGAACCAUAAUACGAUACACGCCAUUUGGAAUAUUACCAUUUCCAAACCGGCUACUCCGCUCCUAAUUUAUAGCCUUUUACAUUAAAUAACCACGUUCUAUACUAAUACUUUUAUACUUACAGUUAAGAAGACUCAGACAAAAUAUAAGACAUUCUUCUCAAAUGGAGAAAAUCGAUUCACAACCAUUUUAUGAUCGGCCACUUACAUUUAAUACCGUGUAAUUUAAAUUUGACUUGUAAUAUCAUCUACCUUAUUGGUUAUCUACCUCAUGUCGUAUUUGUAUAUGUCGUGUUUGCAGGUGCACCACAUGCCAUUUUAUCAGAAUAAUAUUUUUUUAUUUUUUUUAGAAGCUGAUCGCUAUAAAUUGUUCAUUAAGAAUAUCUAGAUGCCAUAAAAAAUUAUUCAAAAACCCAUGUCAUGAACAUAAUAUUAUUGCUCCUAAAGUAAAAACACUUAUGCAAUAUGCACACACCAAUCGGUGCACAACACUGUAACAUCCUGUGACGCCUGUAUAAAAUUUUUAUUGACAAGUGGGGGAUCCAGAAGUACAAUGCAACUAUAAGGUGCCCAGCUAUUACAGCGAACUGAUUUUUAAAAUAAACGUUAUCUACGUUUAAUUUUGAGGUUUUUCUAUUUGUAUUCUGAUUUCUGUAUCGAAUGGUACAUGUAAUAUGUAUUUUACAUUUUUAGUUUUUACCCGUCAUAGUGAAUUCUUUCCUCUUAGAAUUAACACGUCAUUAUUUCUUUAAAAAUGGAUUCAUUAGAAAAUCUUUUGAACAAAAAAAUUCUCCCUUUAUACAAAUAACGAUAAACAUGUUAUAUCAUAAUCAUUUCUUAUUAAUUUUGAACAUCGCGAGCCGCCACUGGCUGCACCAUACUUAAUAAAUACGCGCUCUGUCAUAUCAUCGACAGCGCAUAAUACCACGACCUAGCUAUAGUCUAUACUGACUUAUUCACUAGCAUCCACUUUUUAACGAUAAUAAUUGUUUUAUUUUACAAUAAAUAAUAUAAUAAUAAUAACAAAAAAAUAUUACUAAAAAAUAGACACGUGGCGAUAACCUGAUCGUACCUACCACUUUAAUAUAUCAUCAUAAUCAACAUAAUUAAAUUUGACCAUACACCUGUGCCCCAUAUUGGUACUCCAUUUAACCCUCUUUCUUAAUAACUACCUUUAUAUUCUUCUUUUUAUUCUACUACAUUUAAUUUAUCCAUAUCUUCAGGAGUAUAUCUUUGACUUUUAAAAAAUGCAAUAUUAAUUUCUUUACAUAAGGGAGAUGAUAGAAAAAAUCGCAAUAAUUAUAAGCCUAUUUUUCUUACACUAUCAGUAUCUAAACUUUUUGAAAAAUGUAUUAAAGAUAGAGUCAUACAUAUUUUAAAUACAAUUUUUUUUUAAAAAUCAGUUUGGUGUUAUGAAAAAAAAUCCAAAACUGAGGCUUUAGUUGCUAUGUGGACCAUAUUUGUAAGUAUUUAGGUUGUAACAAAAAAGUAAUUGAUAUAUUUAUAGAUAUUAAAAAAGUGUUUGAUUCAGUUAACCAUCAAGUUUAUUAAAUAAAUUAGAAUUUUUUUGUAUAAACGGAAUAGCUCAUAGUCUUUUUAGGUCAUAUUUAAAUUCAAGGUAACAGAAUUCAAGACUAAACAAUAUCCUUAGCCAAACAGUUAGAGUUAACUUUGGUGUGCCUACCACAAGAAAGUGACAGUAAUUAAAAAAUAGUAAAACAAAUUUACAAAAGGUAUAAAUAAUUUAAAAAAACCUUAUAAUAACUCAUGUUUUGUAUCUAAAAAUAUUGUUUGUUUCGAUUUUAAAAAUACUGUACACAGUAGUUAUUAUAAUUAUAUUAUAAUAAAAUACAUAUUAACAAUAAUUAUUCGAUGUCUAACUGUCUGAUAAUAUUUCUAUUCUAACCAGUGUAAAACCUAAAAAUCUUAAGUUAAUUUUUGAUAGGAAACUGACUUGGUGCCCCAAUUCUUUCUAAAAUUGUAUCCAUAAUAUCCAUUUAAUACGAUGGAUAUCACCACUACCUAACCUGUCUUAAUUUAACUAAUAAAUGUAUCAAUAUUACUAUAAUACUUAACAAUUUAGUAUAGUUGUACAAAACCUACCUAUUUGAUACUAUAAACAUAAAUGGUGAUUGGGUUGCAUUUCAGAGGAAUUUACACUUAAACAAAAAAAGGUUUUAUAUUUUAAUAGUGCAAUAAAAUCACAAAAGACUAUAUUACUAUAACAUGCUUUUAGAUUUCAUUAGUUCAUUACCUUUUAUUGUCUAUUGCAUAAUAUAAAACAUCUAUUUCAAUUGUUAUACUAAAAAAUAUAUUUUCUAGUUUACUAGUUUACUAUGUGUAUAUGUGUAUUAUGUGUAUUAUGUGUACUAUGUAUGUAUAAAAAUAAAAUAAAUAAUGAAUGCAUUGCCUGGAGUAUUAUAAUAAGUGUAUUACACUCCAGGUGACGUAUUCAUUAAUUAAUUUAUUCUAUUUUUUUAUAUAAUUUGUUUAUUUUUAUAUUUAUUUACUAUUUUUAUUUAUAAAUAUUUAUUUGAGAGUAAUAACCAUUUUGAUAAUUUUGUUUUUAGUUUAUCAUUUUAUUAUUUUUAUUUUUAUAGAAAUAUUUUUAUUUUUUGUUUGUUUUUAUCACAAUCUGUGAAAUUAUAUUUACAAUAAGCACAAGUGAAAGAGGUUAACAGUUUACAAGUAUCGAUACUGUAGGUGUGAGUGAAGAGGUCAACCAUUGUUGUAUAGAAAUAUGCAUACAAUUAAAUUAUGAGCAUUUAAUUUUAUUAGUUUUAGUCAUGAAAAGCUCGCCGAUUUUAAGCUUAUUUAGCUUUGUUAAAGGUUUUUAUGUUGAAUUUAAUAAUAUUAAUUAGUUGAAUAUACAGGAUUUUCUUCAAAGAUACAUCCAAUACGAUAUCUCGGAAUGUAUUACAUUUUUUCGAAAUUUUUUUUUGUACAAUUUAAGAAACAAGCAGCAUUAUAUGUUGUAUUACCAUAAUUUUUGUCAUUCUUAGUUUUUAAAAAUUUCAACUGUAUACAUUUCGUCCUAAUUUAACUUAAGUAUCCAAAGAUUUAGAGUAACCACGACCAAAGAAGCUUUGAUUAAUUUCUUAGUUUGUUUCCCGUGGUUUCCUGGACUGACCGGGAGACCUGCUUCAUUACUCGAUCGACUAGAUAACCAAGACCUCUCCGCAGUUCUGGAUAUUAUUAGUGUCGUGAAUUUAUUCGCCGUCGUGAAGCUAACAUGAACAAAGUCUCGCAAGCGGGCGAUUCUCUGCAGUACUUCCCGGCCGAGGGUGUACUGGUGAGUUUCGAAACUACAGGUUCGGCUCUCCACUUGAUAUAUCAGGAUCUUUUCGUGAUCCGACUUCCGGGUCACAUCGCGAAAUGUCUUCGGUAUGUCCACUUACCUCUAACGGAGAUUGUGUUAUCAAACGUGUGUCGGUAGACUCCUGGCUACCUCCGGUUUGGACUUAUCAUCUAUUUCAUCCCGGGUUAGGUGUCGGAAUAUGUCCGACCUUUAACAUUAAUAAAAAGUAGUGGUUUCCGGAGCCCCGGUGUCGAUCCAUGCUCUAACUUGUGCUGUGGUUAGCGUCGUGCGUUUGGCUUUGGACGAACUUGUGGGUUUCGUUAGAUGAUGAUGAUUAUACACCCAGAUAGCGACUGAAUCGUGAGCAGACGGGAAGCGGAAACUGGGACCACUCUUUGGCGUAGCGAAUACGCCCAGGGCUUGCCCUGUCACGCCACCGGCUCUUGAAUGGCACCUUAGCGCUAAAAUAAGGUCCGGUUUGUCUUAUCCUUAUCUGCGGUAUAAGAAUUCAAAUCAAGGGGGCUACUGUCCCAAUUUCGUUCCAAUGACAAAUAACCUGAUCGUUACAGGUAAGUAUUGAGAUAAUUUUUAACUAGUUACUCAUAUUAAAUCAUAAAUCUCCACAGUAUACCGGACUUUCGAGUGUUUGCCACUUAAAUGCACUCCAUAAAUCAAACACAUUUAACUUGUUAUAUGUAAAGCCACGCCCAAAGAAUAACAAGUUAUGAUGUGGCUCUUAAUAUUAUAUACCUACAAGAAUUCACAUAUACUUUCAAAAAAAAAAAAAAAAAAACAAAAUAAAACCGUUAUAUUCCACACUCUUAUAUUAUAUUAUAUAAUAUUUACAAUAUUAUGUUUUAAAUAUUUUAAAUAUCCAUUUAAAAUAUAUUUUUAAAAAACCUGUUGCCUACUCGGCGGGCUGUGAUGUUUCUUUACACGAGGACGUUUCAUUAGUUCAGUACAAAACGAUAAUUCCAAAGAGCUCAAAAAUUGGUGUUAAACAUUAAAUCGCAUAGCCAUUGGAGGAGGUAAUAAGAUAUAACCCCCUUUCUGGAAAUGGUUUUUGAUAGCUACUUUUAAAGAAUUUGAAAAGUACAUUGCGUAUAAUUAUUAUUAAGUGCUACAUAUUUUAUACCAUUAAAAAAUAAUAAAAUAUUUUCAAUCUUCAUAUAAAUUUAUGGAAAAUUGAUUUUCACACCAAGUAUAGCCUAUAGGUAGGCGUGUGGUUGAGUUGAAAAAUUAAACCCUCCCUCUUCACAUACUCAUUUUGGACAUACAAAUCGACUAAUUAUUUAUUUGUAAGAUAGCAUGUAUGUUUUUCUGUAUUUAGGCCGCUGCUCGCUUUGCAAAAUAAAAUAAAUAAAUAAAUCAAAUUAUCCAUUAUCCAAAUUGUAUUUAUAACUUAUCUAUAUAUUUAAUAAUAUUAUUCGCACUUAAACAGCAGUUAGGAAUUACAUUACAUUUAAAUUUAUGUGUGGUUUAUAGUUAAAGUUUAAUGCAAUUAAUAAUAGGUGACAGCAGUCUUUAUUAUAGGACUGAGAUUAGUGUCAACAAAUUAAAAUGUAUAAAGGUACUUUGCAUUGAGGGAGUGCUUUAUUAGAUUUUCCAUUAUUACAAUAAUGGCGUCUUAAAUGCCGUUUCCUGUUUCCAUUGACGUAAUUUUUAUUGGUAUACAAAACCAGUAAAUGGUUCAGAUCCUAUUAUAUGAUUAGUUUUUCAAAAUAUUAUUGUAAUGAAACGAAAUUUUCAGUUUUUCAUUAUAGUACGCAAUACGCACUAUAAAUAUUUACUAUAGUAGUAGUAGUAAUAAUAUCUAUUAUGGUACUAUAUGUACUGAUCUGAGCAAAAGAAUAUAAUUAGCUUCUCAUAUGUGAUAAGUAGGUAUCUAUAUCACGUAUAUGUAUGUUAGAAGACAGAAGUCGAGUUAGAAUGUUUAAAUAAUGAUUGAGUCAACAUAUUUUUGGCAGCUAAAUAGUAUUUAAUUUAUUAUUUAUAAUUGAUUAACUAUUUAUUUCAAUAUAAUGUUUGUCAAUUAUAAAAAUUUUCAGUAACUUGAUUAUUUUUUUUAACAGUAUCUUCAAAGAAUCAGGUAACAAUAUUAAAAUUAAUAACUAUCUUUUACUAUCCCAUCAAAUUUCAUUAAUGAGGUAUCGAUAAAACUAUUGAACGAAACUUUUUGAACAUUUUCGUGGUUCCGAAAAUCUCAGAAAAUAAUACAUUUUUGUACGGUUUGAAAUUAAAAAUAUAUGUGAAUAUCUUAAACUAAAAUAUUAAUUACCUAGCUGUGGAAAAAUAAAAUUAUUAGUUGUAAUUCAAAUAUUUAGUCAUAUAGUUUAACUGUACGUUAUUAAAUACGGUGGUGCAAAUAAAUAAAUUAUACAUAUGAUAUUUAUUAAACAGAUUUAACUACUCGUAUGUGAAUACGAGUACCACCUAGCUGUUAUAUUUUUCCUGUAGAUUUAUCGUAACUCAUCAGUUGUUGUUAUUCAUAUUAUUAUUAUCAACUAGGUAUCAAUUUAUUUGUAUUCUAUUAAAAUUUAAAUCCUUUCAAUACUUAAAAUUUGUUAUAGAAUUUAUUGUAUAUUUUAUUUAUUAUAUCUAAUUAUAAAUUUAUUUUACAAUAUUAUAAUUUAUUAAAAAUUGAUGUUGUUGCAUUGAAAUGGUGAACAUAUUAUUCUUGUUCUUAUAUUUAUCAACUUUAAAUUUAAAUGUUCAAUCUUUGGACUCAGGUAAACGAUACAUAUAUUCAAUAUAUUUAUAUGUUUAUUUAUAGUAACUAAUUAUUUAAUUAUCUUUUGACGAUUUAAUUGCGUGGAAAAAAAAUAGGUACCGAAAACUUAAACGGCUUGAACAAUGCAAAUCCUACUGAUCAAUCUAUGUUAUGGCCAUUCGUCAAAAUUCAUUUUAAAGACCAGCAAGUGCAGUCACCGAUUGAUAUACUAAAGCAAUGUUCAUAUGAACUGAGCAUUUCGAGUUUAUUAUAUUAUGACUAUUGGCGAGACGAAAGUGUUUUAAUUAAAAUAAUAAACAAUGGGCAAGCACGUAAAAAUAAUUUAUUCAUUUUUUUCGACAUAAAUUAAUUUAAAAUGAAUGCAAAUAAUAAUUCAAAUAAUAUUUGUCCAAUGUUUCAGUUUAUGUUCAUACUCUUCACUUUGGGUACCAAAGUAGAUAUUUAGAAAUUGAAAAUAAACUUGCGAUUAUAACUGGUGGACCAUUAUUUGAUAGCUUAUAUGAAUUUAAUCGAAUGUAUUUUUACUGGGGCGAUGUAGGAGAAUGCGGCAGUGAAAAUCAAAUGAACGAUCAAUUGUAGGUACAUUUACACGUUUGUUCAUAAGAUGUACGAUAAUAAUAAAUUGUUUUUUUAUAGUAUAUUUAAUUAUUUUUUGACGUUUUAAAUGAAAUUAAAAAAUAGAACCUGGAGCGCUAUUUUAUUUUCUUAUAAGGUAUGGUGAGAUCGAUCCUUUCUGUCAGACCAAUUUCAAAAGGGAUGUAAAUACAAACUCUGCUACCCACUAAUAGCGACACUGUGGUGUAUACAAUUGUUCAUUUUAAAACUAUAUAUUUUAUAUUUAGUUUGAAUAAAUAAUAAUUUAAUAUGUUUUAGUAGAAUUGUUAAUGAAGAUGAGUGAUAGAAACUGUAAAAUAGCAAAAAAAAAAAAAAAAAAAAAGGAAACCUAUAGGAUAAUGAUGGGGACGGGUGCGGACGUGCAGUCACUGUUGUAGGUGGGAAGUUGAUAAGGUAGGAUACAGACGGAAAUUUAAUGUAUAUCUGUAAGCAACAAUUAACUAUUGUUAACAAAAAAACGAUUCUGAGCGAAGGUCAGUUUAUAGUGUUGCUUUAUCAACAAUGUAUAUGUAAUAUUAAUUACUAUGGUAAAAUAAUUACAUAUGCAUUAAACAUUUUCUUUAAUACUAUUUGUUUAAUAUUGUACCUAGUUUCCCGUUCUUCCGUUUUUAUCAGGUUUUUCCAAUAUAUUGGGAAAACUCCUAAAAAAAUCAAAAAAUGGCCUCAAUAAAGUACCACCCCAGUUAGAUUUUCUUUCUAGAAAUGUGCUACACUUUUUAUUGGAGCAAUAUUUCUGGUAGAAAGUUGUUCACAGAUAAGAAAAAAAAUAAGAAAAAUCACUGGAAAACCAUAAGUUUGUUCGCUCUAUUUAGAAUCUAAAAAUUAUCAAAUGUAUAAAAAUAUACAAACAUUUUAUCACAAGGUGUUUUAUAUUCUAUAAAAUUAAUUUCUUCUCUUAUAAAAUAUGGAACUAUAAUAAUUUGUUCGGUAUCUGAGUGUUUUAUUUAGUAAUAGUUGGUAGGUAGAUCUUAUACAAUUUAAUUCAAUAUAGUAUGAUAUUAUAAAGACAAUUAUUAGUAAAAAUUCAGACGUUUAAAUGUGAUAUUUCUAAGAAAAAAAAUUUUAGUUACAGCAAUGUUCGUACUUUAGUAGUAGUAAUUUAUGCGUUUCUAGUGACGUUUUUAUUCUUUGUAUCAGUUUCAGUAAAAUUGGAAAAAACCUCAUACAUCCACCAAGCCUAGAAGAAUCAGGGACCGUAUUUACGGCCACCAUAAUAGAUGAUCUUAGUUCAACCUUUUCAUUAACUCAUCUUAUGAUAAAGUUUCAGUGUUUCCCCCCUUCGCCAAAUUUGGUUAUGAAGUAGCUGCUUCAUAGGAUACUCAUUCACGCGGUCAUUGUUUCUUCGUCUAUGUAUAUUACAAUAGCUGUAUUAUAUUAAUGCAUAUUCAUUAGAUUUGUAUUGAGCUAUUAUCCCGGAUAUUAUUGUAAUACAUUUUUUUUAGUUAUGCUAUGGAAGUUCAAAUGGUACACUUCAAACAAGAAUAUGGCUCUUAUGAAAAUGCUACAAGAUAUGAUGACGGUAUUUGUAUAGUAUCAUUUUUUGGCCAGGUACGUGUACGGUUAUGAUCAAUAAUUGGAUAAAUGGAUUUAAAACGAAAAAUAUAAAACAUGUUUUAAGUAAUCGUAUAAAUUAGAUAAUAUAUAGAUAUUAUUAUUGAUAUAAUAUUUAUUAGGUAUUGAAUACCCAAGUAGGUUAUAAAAAUAAUAAAAAAUGUUAAAUUUUCUAGCGGUUCUUAUACGUAACUAUAUUUAGAAAGUGUUAUACCUACAUAUAAUAUUAAUAAUAUUUAGAAAGUCAUUGUGUUACCUAUUUAAAUUCAUAUACCUACAAUCAACAUAUUAUAUUACGCAUAGAUGUCUUCAUUAUUGUAUUAUUUUAAAUGGGUGCCUACUUUUCGCUUUUAUCAUUGAAUUUUUUGGGAAAUAUCUACUAGUUUUUUAAUCACUGUGAUGAAUUUUUUUUUAACAAGUCAGAGGUGGCUGCCUCUCGAGUUUAAUUACCCCUUUCGUUACGACACUGAGCAAUAGAACGAACUUUGAAUUUUUUUUUUUCAUUGGUUUACAGUUUCUCUUGAUUACACAGAUAACAUAAUAUUCAUAUAAUAUUUCAAAUAUUUAAAACCGAUUUCUUAUAUUGUGUUUAGAUAUCAGAUGAAGAUAACAUUGAUUUGAAAAAUUUAGUCACCAAUUUGAAUGUUAUUCAAACGUCCGACCAAUAUUUGGUUGGGAGAUUCAACAAUUAUUUUUCAUGGUUAUUACCGAUAGCUGAAGAAAAUCAAUACUACACAUUCCCCGGAUCACUAACUAAGGAUCCAUAUACUCAAUGUGUAAUAUGGAUUGUAUAUAAAAAUACAUUCAAAAUAAGCCAAACACAAGUAAUUUAUUUUGGUAACUUUUUGUAUUAACCAUAUUGACAUUUUUAUUUUACUUGUAUCUAUAGUUGUCGACUUUUAGAACAUUAGUCGGAAGUGAUCAACAAAUGAUAACGUCUACAAAAAGAAGAGAAAUACAACCGUUAAAUAAUCGGCCACUUUGUUGGACGUAA